GGUGUUGUGUUCAGACAUGGGGAAUAAACAGACCAUCUUUACAGCACAGCAGCUAGAUGCCUAUCAGGACUGUACAUAUUUUACAAGAAAAGAGAUUCUCAGACUGUUCUACCGCUAUCGGGAUUUGGCACCACAGCUCGUUCCUCUUGACUACACCAACCACCCAGAUGUGAAGCUACCAUAUGAGCUGAUUGGCAGCAUGCCAGAGCUGAAGGACAACCCAUUUCGUCAGAGGAUCGCUGAGGUUUUCUCUGAGGACGGAGAGGGAAACAUGACUCUGGACGACUUCUUGGACAUGUUUUCAGUCCUCAGUGAGAUGGCUCCUCGUGACCUCAAGGCCUACUAUGCUUUCAAAAUUUACGAUUUCAACAAUGAUGACUUCAUCUGCAAGUCAGACCUGGAGAAGACUCUGAACAAACUGACCCGUAAUGAGCUGACGGAGGACGAGGUGAGGAUGGUGUGUGAGAAGGUGAUCGAUGAGGCCGACCUGGACAACGAUGGACGUCUGUCACUUGAAGAUUUCCAGCAUAUGAUUGUUAGAGCACCAGACUUCCUCAGCACCUUCCACAUAAGGAUAUAAAGCAAUAAAGCAAUCGUGGACAUUUCUUACUCGAAAUAUCCCAGUGGAUGGAUUGAUAAUACUGCAAAGUAUCUGGAAACUAAUGAAAUCCUGACAAAUCUUGCAAAAACUGAUUUUGCAACUUGUGAAUAUGUGAAAAUUUUAGAUUUUUUUGUUUAUGUUGUAACCAAAAACAUCCCUAUUGACAGAGACUAGUCUUUACCAGGAGCUUUACUGUAAAUGGCUUGGAUUUGUUGUUAUACUGACUACAAAGUAAAUUUUUCUUCUAUUGCAGCAACUGAUAUAAUACCAGUCAUGGUGCCACUGCAGGCCUAUCAUCAGGCCGUGGCAUCAGCCAAUCCAUCAAGACAAGGCUCAUUAGUUAUGACCAUCAACAGUAGAUUUGUGUUUUGUAUCUAAAGAGUUUCCAGUUACACUGGACUAUAAAAGAGACACAUGCCAGAAUAUUCUAGUGGGUCAUAGCAGGCCAAUAAAGGAGAGCCAUUUGUCAUGAAAGCAGUCAGGCACCACUGUUGGAACAUGGGGUCAACUGAUAGCAGUUUCCUCUGUCAUUUA